ACAACAACAACAACAACAAAAGAAUGACAACUUCUCAACUUCAUAUUGCACUUCUUGCUUUCCCUUUUGGAAGUCAUGCAGCUCCUUUACUAACACUUGUUCAAAAAAUCACUCCAUUUUUACCAUCAAACACAAUUUUUUCCUUCUUCAACACAUCAAAUUCCAACACAUCAAUUUUCUCAAAAACUCCAAAUCAAGAAAACAUCAAGAUCUACAACAUUUGGGAUGGUGUCAAACAAGGCAAUGACACACCUAUUGGGCGCGAAGCAAUUGAACUCUUCAUACAUUCAACACCUACAAAUUUCGAAAAAACAAUGAAAGAAGCAGAGGAGGAAACAGGGGUGAAGUUUUCUUGCAUUAUUAGUGAUGCAUUUUUAUGGUUUUCUUCUGAAUUUGCUAACAAAAUGAACAUCCCUUGGAUUGCAUUUUGGACUGCUGGCUCAUGUUCAUUGUCUAUCCAUUUGUACACUGAUUUAAUUCGAUCGAAUGAUGAAACAUUGUUGAAAAUCCCAGGAUUUUCAUCAACUUUGAAAAUGAGUGACAUGCCACCUGAAGUUAUAGCAGAGAGUUUAAAAGGGCCAAUGCCAUCUAUGCUAUACAACAUGGCAAUAAAUUUACACAAAGCUAAUGCUGUUGUAUUGAAUUCCUUUGAAGAAUUGGAUCCAAUUAUCAACAAAGACCUCAAAUCAAAGCUCCAAAAGGUACUUAACAUUGGCCCUUUAGUAAUAUUAUCAUCAAAUAAUGUAUCUCUAGACGCGAAUUCUGAUGAAAGUGGAUGUAUCCAAUGGCUUGACAAUCAAAAGGAAAGAUCGGUUGCGUAUCUAAGUUUUGGUACUGUUACAACAUUACCACCUAAUGAAAUUAUCGCGAUAGCAGAAGCGUUGGAAGAUAAAAAGAUGCCAUUUAUUUGGUCAUUAAGAGAUAACGGAGUCAAAAUUUUGCCUAAGGGGUUUCUUGAAAGAACAAAGGAAUAUGGGAAAAUAAUUUCUUGGGCCCCCCAAUUGGAAAUCUUGGCACAUAGGAGUGUUGGUGUUUUUGUAACGCAUUGUGGAUGGAACUCGAUUCUGGAAGGCAUAUCAUAUGGUGUGCCUAUGAUAUGUAGGCCUUUUUUUGGUGACCAAAAAUUGAAUAGUAGAAUGGUGGAAAGUGUUUGGGAAAUUGGUUUGCAAAUUGAAGGUGGGAAUUUUACUAAAAGUGGAACAAUUAGUGCAUUGGGUACUUUUUUCAAUGAGGAAAAAGGGAAAGUAUUAAGGAAAAAUGUUGAAGGGCUAAAAGAAAAGGCAUUAGAAGCUGUGAAAUUAGAUAAUGGGAGUUCAAUAGAAAAUUUCAAGGUUCUAGUUGAGCUAGUUAAAUGUCACAAGCCCACUUGAUUUGUACUAAGUAUGUUAAUAAUUGCAAUUAGGUAAUUUACUAAGUAUGUCAUCUAGAACUUCCCUUCAAGCUUCAAGUGUAUUGUAGAGUAAAUUCUUGUUGUAUUAUUGGAUCUUGUUUUUCAUU